AUUAUCAGGCCCGGGUCACUUGAGUCGAGGUGCUGCAGCUGUUGUUGCAUAGCUUACACACGACAAGAAUCACAAGAUAGAUCCUUAUCAUCUUCCAGCGCCAAGAUCCUCUGUCUUCUUUCCCGCAUCGAUCUCUGGAUGCUGUGAAUCAACUCCAACCGAACCGACUUCUGAUCAUACACCAGCAGCAUCACCGUAGCUGCAACCAUGUCGUUCCCGAAUCUUUACUAUAAGCGAAUCACAGCGACCGCAAAAGCAUGCUAUAUCUGUUAUAAGCCAACAACUGUCGUGCUUGCCACGAUUGAUACCUCCGAUUUCCUGUAUACAUGCACGGUUCACCUGUCAGACCACGGAUUCGCUACCCGCGUGCUCGAGCCUGAGAGCGAGAACAAGAUAGGAAUCAGUGUUGAGGAAAUCGCAAAGCUCAGGGAGGAGUGGGAGGAGAAGCAGAGACGCAAGAAAGAGAAAGAGAAAGCGGAUAAGGACAAAACAACUGAUGGUGAAAAGAAAGAGGAUGACGGCAAGUCAGAGAAGUCAUCAAAGAUGCCGGGAUCAUUGCCGACGUCGGGCUCUCUAACACCAAGGCCCACCCACGAGAAGUAUAUAUUACAUCGCGAUAUAUUUGCCCUGAGAGUCUCGGAGCACCGACGAAGGAGGCAAACCUCACAGGCGAAGGAUCUAGCCCCUCGUCUUCCAGGAGCCCCCAGUAGCAGUCUGUCGUAAUAUGUGUUGUCUAAUCUACUGUAGAUUGUCGUACCAUAGAAUUUUGGUAUAUGUAUGUUUGGGUUUAGGGUAUACGUGCUCAAUUGAUGAAAGGAUUGCAUUGGCAAAUAAUAGCUCUUAUCCCGAAACUUCCAAAACCCCCGAUUGCAAGACCCACGAUAAGACAGAAACCAGCCACGGUGCUCGCAAUGGGGACGUCUUCGCGACGUUGUCGCAAUCGUGGAUUGUGCUCUAGAGAGGAUGCACCCAGCAUGCAGAGCGUAGAGACGUAUCCGCUUGAGAGGCCUAGAGCGCCGACAAGGAGCAUAUA